GUUAUAUUGUUUACAAUUGAAUAUAUAAAAAGUAUACAGAGUAUACUUUUGAUUAAUUAUUUAUCAUAAUUAAAUAAAGGACGCAGGUGUUCUAUAUAUAAUUAUAGGGAAUAAAUUCCCUUUUUCGCGCGUUUAAAACCAAAUAGCUCAACUACGUGAUUAUUGGAUAUUCGUCCUACUAUACAAACUCAAGAUAGAUAUAUACAAAAUAUUAAUUAAUAUACAUACAUUGUUCUUCGUUAGUUACCAAAAACAUAUCACGUUCAUGAAAAUGCAAAAUUAUAACUUUAUGAAAUAUAUUCAAUGUUUUGUUCGUUAAAUCAUAUAAAAACUGAAUAGUUUAUUUUGAAUGUUCUUAAAUAUUGUAAACGUAUAUAUGCAUUAAUGGCAGGAAAUGAUAUAAAACAAAAUUUACGAAAAUUAGAUUUUCCUUAUUGCGCUAGAGAGGCAUUAUGCAGAAUCGAAAUAUUAUGCGGUAGACCUGGAAAACAAAUGGAUUUACAACUAGAUUUAAUAUCAGAAUUUGUAUUUGGAGAAAUAGAAAGGCGGAAAAAACGCAACCUGACAAUGGCAAUACAAGAGUUGCAAUUAAUAGAAGUCCUAAGCGAUUUCUUCCAAAGCCCUGGUGGAAGUGCUGCAGUACGCAACGCAGUAUUUUUAUCUCUUUUCCCCGCAGAUAGUCCUAGAUAUAAAAUCUUAGGCAAUUUAGUAUCUUUAGCUAUUGCUACUCAAAACAAAGCAGUCUUGAAUGCGACUGGAAUUUGGAUGCAACAACUAGGCUCUACUUCACCGCAGAGCGUAGGAUUAGCAAGGCACGUACUUAAUGACUAUUUUGUCCUUACUCCAAAAUCUAUUGACAAAUUGAAGCAGUUUCCUGUUCUUGCACCACAUUUCACUGCCAAUUUACUAACGGCAAUAGGUGAGGUUUAUGAAGAUAAAGAUCCACCUACAGAACUACUCAGAUUGAUAGGAGAAUGGAUAGAUGAAAACCCAAGUCUUUUAUUGACUCCUUUAAUAGACAAUCCUGCUUUACCAACUGGUGGCAUUCCAAUGACACCAAUAACACCAAUAGCAGGUUUAUUCAGGUGGUGUAUUUUGUCUCCUGUACGUUCAAUUGACAUAGAAAAUACAGACUACUUUGAGGAACGAAAAAAAUUAUAUUCUAAAAUUCAACACUUGCUAAUGGACUCGGUAUUGCGAUUAAAAAACAACGGAAAUAAUAAACAUGCUAUAUCUGCGCAACAUUUCGCUGCUACUAUUCGAACUUUAACUGCUACUUUACAGUCCCAAACAAACAUUAAUUCUAUUUCACGUGAUCUUACUAUGGAACGACUUGGACAAGCUGUUAGUACAGCCAUGUGUGCAAACUGUAUUUAUGGAAACAAACAGGAAUUAUUAGCUUUGUUACAACCUUUAUCCUAUCAGCAUUUCUUAAUUGAAUGGACUUUACAAACUUAUGCAUCUAAAGCUGCUUAAUUAUAUUAUUGAAUUUCUAUUAUAAUUACUUUUGUUUUGUGGAA